UAAUUAUCAUAUGUAAUUCUAUAUUUAGGCCUAUAUAAAAAAUGUUCCCCACAGAAAAUAAUCUAAUGAAUUAUCUAAUAGUAUCAUUCAUGUCACAUGAAACCCCAGCUAUGGUAAAGGAAGUUUCUAAUGAACUCCACCAACAGAGUGAAGCAGAGACAAGUCUGUCUUUGUGGAAUUCAGCUAGGACUACAUUGAUUCACCAAAAGUCAAUACUUGUAAAAAUAUGUAUAUAUAUUAUGAAAUGCUUACCUUGUACCUAUGUUUGUCCUCAGUAGUUGCGUGCCUUUCUUUGUUUUCUGAAAUCCAUACUUUUUCAAUAAACCUUAAUCAAAUACAACCACCUGCUGUUUCCUUAAGAUUCAUUUGGCACAUGCUCAUUUUCACUGAGUUGCCAUCUUAGAGCAACAGCAAUGAGCAAACAGUCAGUGGUUGUAUUUGAUUAACAUUUAUUGAAAAGGUAUGGAUUUCAUCAAAUAAAGGCAUGCAACUACAGAGGACAAACAUCGGUACAAGGAACAAUGAGACGACACAUGACUCGAUACGCCGUUACGCAGGAAAAAUUGUGGACUACAUUGCCCAGUCAACCACUGCUUUCUCUCAGGAAGAUGUUUCCGGUAUAGGCCUACAUAACAUCUUGGGGAAGACUGUAGAGGGCCUUCUCCAAAAAGUGUGCGGAGGGGUCUCAAGCAUCCUGAACAAGUAUUUGUAUGGGGCGGGGGUGUUGUCUGAUGCGGUGAUCCCAGUAAAUCUCUUGCCUGUAGCUUCAAAUGGAGACAAUCGGAAAAUGGAAAAAAGAUGGCAGGACUGCACUGAGGAAGACUGUGAACUGAUAAUUAUCCGACUGACGGGGACUGUAAUUAUCACCAUGUUGGAUAGUGUUAUGGAGAGUUGCAGGACGGACCCCACACACAGUUCAUUCUUAGAAGAACUGGGGCUCACCAUGGAAAUGGUAAAGGUCAUACGUGAAGUAGCAGAAUGUGCAGCGAACGCCACAAGUAAUGAUUUCAGUCAGUUCACAGUUGGAGGAGUUCCUCUCUUUCAGAGACCACUGAGCAAUCUCUCCUCUGGGCCGAGUCAACCAGCACCCCCCCAAAAUGCCUUGCCAACAUCCACUGUUCCCACACCUGUCUCAAAGGGGAGCUCAGACAGUCCCAGAUCCACUGACUCAGGGUCCUCACAAGUCAGGAAGCCAAGACAAUCAACAGAAGGAGUUCAGAGACUCUCCGAAAGGCAGCAGAAUCCAGGGGAGGAGAUCACGUCUCUAGUGAUUGAAACCAUUCUACGGUCAGUUGCGGAUUUAGCCAGGCAUGGACUUCUGCCAAGCUGCACCCAGUAGACUGGAUGCCCCCUUUUUAUGGAGGUGAUGCAGAAAACAAACAUGUGAAGCCAAUUCAUAAAAGCAUUAAUUAAACAAAUAUGUUGUUAAAAGCUGGCAGAGAAAGCCAUUAGGGAAGCUGUGCACACAGUUCUGACAGAUGGACGCCAUGGGGAGUUUUCAAGCCUAAGAAUAAUGGAGCUGAAAUGCAUUGAUAUGUCGAAGACACCUAAAGCCCAAUCAACCUUGGAGUCCAUUCAGCUGCCCAAAGACAGUGAUGACAGCUUGAAAUCAGGAUCCUGUGAAGACUCCCUGAUUGCUGAACCUCAUGCUGACCAAGUUGACACCAUCAAGGCAUCUAUGAACACUGAAAUCCACUCAGUGGUUACUAAGGCCACAGUGGUCUAUGCUAACCAACCUGAGGCACUGUCCAGUGAAGUGCUUCUGGGCACUGAAGGUAAUGGAUAUGUUGCUGACCAUGCUGUGGUGGGUUCUCUGACUCCAGACUGUGACCUGGCAUUGGUAGAAGGGCUGGACCCUGGGUGGCACACUGCCCUGGUACUGAUGGAGACCUUAGUGAAUCCUGGCAAUGACUCUGACCUGACUCUGUCUGACUCCAGUGAAGUGUCACUGAUCACUGACGACCUGCCAGUGGUGGACUCAGCUGUUGACUCCAGAGGGCAGCAGAGGGCAGAGGAUGACUUGCAAAGCACUGACCAGCUGCUAACGAGGUCCUGUGCAGACUGUGUGACCACAGAGAAGCACUAUACUGUACCGUUUGAGGACUCUUUGAACUCUGACAAGGAAAUCUCCCUCAACAUUAAAGACCAUGAUGACCGACCUGCAGUAGACUUUCGCAGAGAUUCUGUGAGCUCGUCUGACCAGUCUUUGUCCCUUGUUGCCACUGCUCUUGGAUCAAUAGUCACUAUUGACUCUUUCAAUAAGGCUCUGUUGUUUUCCAAUAUGUUGGACCAAGGCAAAGAUAACCCUAUUGACCAGCCUGUAGUGAAGUCUCAGACCACUGAAAAUCUAAUUAACCCCACUUUGGUGUCAGAGUCCAUUCAACCUCUCGUCAAUGAAAUCCUGGAAGAUAACAUUAUCUCAGCCCCUGAUGACAGAACUGUGUUCACUACAGACCCUGUAGGAUCACAUGAGAUUGUAAUAUUUAUAUCUAGAAUGCACUUAGGCAGUGUCAUCACCUGUCAUGAUGACCAGUUUUUGGAGUCAGACCGUGAGGAUGACAUGGUUGACCCUUUGUCUCACACCAGUCAUAGCCAUCAUCUGUGCGAGUCAGUCAUGAGGCCCAAAGGUCAAGUCCAACUCAGUGGACAUACUUGGUCACCCUCUUAUGAGACUGAUGACUGCCGUCGCUAUGCUCAAGACCACAACAUGAUGGAAUACAAAUUCAAAUACAGCUGGGACAUAAAGUCUGCAUGGGUUUCUGUGCCACACUACAUUCUGACGAGAGGGGAGAGUGUGACCAAUAGGAUGGAGGGAGAGAAGAAGUAUGGAGAAAAGGAAUGGGAGAAGUGCUCCUCACAGUGUGACAGGAACUCUCUGAUUGAGCAUAAUGGACAGUGGAGGAUAGCCAGAGCAGUAGAGGCAGACACUGAAGAAAUCCUUCCCAAGCCGUACAUGAGAGACUUAGUUAUGUACGAUGGAUUCCACCAGCUAAAUGAGGAGAGAGUGGGAAAUCAGCUGGUCCUCUCCUCUCUCUCAAGGGCUCUCAAUGAAGUUAAGAAGGACAAGGCUUUUUGGAGGUCAUUGAGAGAGGGGAUCAAUAAAUUAAUGAGAGAAAACGAGAUAAUUAAAGAUGAGAUGAAAAAGAAAGACAUGAGGAACUUUAACAGUGCCAAAGAUCGAAGGGCAGAGAGAAAGAGGGCAAGGAGGAGGGAGCGAGAGCGGGAGAGGAACUGUGAUUUGACCACAUGGAUGCCCUCCCGGUCCGGAAUGGAAAGUUCCAUUAUAGGACUCCGUCCCAGGCCUCCGUCCCGGCCACUGCUCAGAGAACCAGUCUUAGCCAGAACCAGCUUCAGCCGCACCGACGCCAGAACGAUAGAGGUUAGGGAGAUGAUCCUGCAAAGGAGCCGCAUUGCCUACAAGAUCAAGUGCCUGCAACGCCGGAAAGCGGCUGCUGAGGGGUUGACACUGACUGAGGGAGGUGGAGGGCCUGAGGAUGGGGGUGACGGAGAGACAGUGAUGGACAUUACAGGGCAAAGUAAGAAAGCCUCAAAGGGCAAGGGGUCAAAUGGCAAAGAGAGUGGAGGAGGGGAAGGUAGUGACUGGGCCAAAUUAGGUCUGGAGGAAAUUGUGGAGACAGAUGACAGGAAUAAAGAGAAGAGAACCAAAGUACGGACAGGGCAGAGAAGUAAGGACAAGCGAAGAGAGGAACGAGAGAGACAAAGAUGUAGUAAGGAAACAGAUUUGAUCUCAGACGAAUUAGCAAGAAUGGACAUAGAAAAAGUAGAUGGACAUAAAGUGGAUGAGACGAUUAGCAAGAUCUCUGAGGAAAAUAUUUCUAACUGUUGUGUAGAGACAAAUGAGGGAGAAAAAUAUGAUAGAAAACAGAUUAAAGAAAAGACGAACAGAACAAAUGUACAUACUGAUGAGGGAGUGAUGAGCAAAGCAUCAUGGGAAAGAGAAGAGGCUGGAGAGGAGAAUAAUAAGACAUUUCAAGAGAGCUUAAAAGUCCAGGGUGAUGACAUUGUUGUGAUCAGGUGA